GAUUACAAGUGUCCCAUACACAGCUUAUCAUGUUAAAGGGCUAUUAAUAAAAGAGUCAUAAAGUUGGACACCAAGAAUCAUCAUCUUCUUCACUUCAGCUCAACCUCCUACUUUUUUGAUCUCUUUCAAAGCAAAAUACCUAAAAAGAAUCUAUAUUUUUCCUUUGAUUCUUUCAAGAUUUUGAGGUCCCCAAAAUAGUCAUUUUCUUUUAGGGAUCCUUCUUUGAAUUCUCUUGCAAGCUUUUAUAUACAUUAUCUUGCUCCCUUUAAAACCCACCUCUUAAAAUUUGUCUUCAUUGCUUAAACAACAUCUUGGUUUUCAGAAUUUAUUCCCAUUUCUCAUCUGGGGUUUCCCUCAUUUCCUUCCAUUUCUGUUUAUUUCUUUGAUUAAUUUCUUUUGGUGUUGAAUUUUAGUUGAUUUAGGAGGAAAAAAUUAGAGCUUUUCCCAUUUGGGUAUCCCUCAUUUGCUUAAGAAAAAAAAACUCCCAGUUGAGUUCUGCAGUUUUAGACCGUUUCUCAUUAAGCUAGUUGUCAUUUAUUUACCCAUAAAAAUUAUAAAAAUCUAAUUUUUGCAAAAUUUCUUUUCUUUUUUUUUUCAAAGCUAUGGAUAAGCCUGGGUUCUAUGAAUCAACAGCAGUGGCGAUAACAGGGAAGAUCAUGGCCAUUGGCAUAAUAGUUCUCUUCUUAGUGGUGAUUUUUGUGCUUGGUCUUCAUCUUUAUGCUAAAUGGUUUUGGUGGCGCAAUGAAGAACCAACUUCCCAUCCUUCACGCCGUAGCAGCAGACGCCGUUUCGUCUUUGCUCCAGGGCAAGACACUACUCAUCCUCAACGUACAAGUAAAGGUCUUGAUUCAACAAUUAUCGGUUCCCUCCCUGCGUUAAUUUUCCGUCAAGACGAGUUUAAAGAAGGCCUUGAAUGUGCGGUUUGUUUAUGUGAGGUUAUAGAAGGAGAGAAAGCUAGGCUGCUUCCUAAAUGUAACCAUGGUUUCCACGUUGAUUGUAUUGAUAUGUGGUUUCAAUCACACUCGACUUGUCCUCUUUGUAGAAACCCCAUUGUUAUUGGGGGUGAGUUUGAGAAUCCAAGUCAUCUUGUUGAUGAAACCAAUGUUCAAGCUCAUGUUCAGUCUCCAAAUGAUGGUUCAGGUUCUGGGUAUUCAACAGAUUCUCCUAGUUUCCCUACGAAUGUGUUGUUUUGGGGUAAUGACACGCAGGUUAGUAGCGGUAGUUCUUGUUUGGAUGAGGGUUCUUCAGCAUCAUCCGCUUCUAUUGGUUCCUCUGCCAUGGCAUCUACCAGUAGUAGGCAAGAAGGGAUGUUGGUGAUAGAUGUUCCAAUGAAUGGAAAUGAGAAUCCACCAGAGGAAGAAUCAAAGUCUGCAAUGCCUACAAGAUUAAGGUCUUUGAAGAGACUUUUAAGCAGGGAAAGAAGGGUAGCUCCUAAUAGUUCAGGGAGUUGUUCAGUUGAUGCUUGAAGUUUACCAAAUAGAUUGUUUUAAGUAUUUGGAACUGAUUUUCUUGAGCAUGAAAAUGGUUUGAGAUAAGCAAAUUGCACCCUUAUCAUCCUUGAAAACUGUGGGAUUCUAUUGGGAAACAACAGUUUUACUAAUGAUAUAAGCUGCUGAAAUAGACAAAUGUUUGGAAUGGUGAUAUGUCUGUCUUUGAAGAGGGGAAAGAAUCUAUCUUAAUUCUUCACCUGCAAAAUGUGUAUAACAAUGGCUUCUUUGGAUUCUUGUAGUGUAAAGCUAUUAAUCCAAUUCCGCAA